AUGGAGUGGUCUUCGAAAGGGAAUAAUUUUAUCUACAGGCAUAAUGCCAAACUUAAUCAAACUUCUGAGGAGCCCCCAAGUUACUCAAGUGACGAGGAUAAAGUAUGCACCAAAAAUGCCAUAAAAAAGAAUCUCAAAUAUUAUUUGGAAAAUACCACCCUACAUGGAUUAAAGUAUUUGGCUGAAAAUAAGAUUACAAUUCCUGAAAGAGUUUUCUUUGGUCUAUCUUUCGUUUUUGUUGUAAUUGUGUCGGGAUUUUUCAUUUCCAAUGUCUACACUAAAUGGUCGGCUACGCCAAUAAUUAUUUCAACCAGCUCCAAACAGACCUUUAGCACGGAAUUUCCUUUUCCCGCCAUCACCAUUUGUAAUAUGAAUCAAGCUCAAAGAAGUAAAGCAGUGAAUAUACAAAGACAAAGUUCGAAUUAUUCCUUGCUAAUGAGUUUGUGUGAUCAGGAGUCGGAUGAUUUGGAUGAGACCUAUUUGGGACUGUGGAAAUAUUUUAAAGCCAUUUUAAUGGAGGUUGCCCAACCCUGUGACCAAAUGUUGUUGUAUUGCAGUUAUGGCUCAAAAGUCGAAACUUGUUCAAGUAUAUUUAACACCAUGUUAACGGAUGAUGGUAUGUGUUGCACUUUUAAUGCACUGGACACAAAAUUUCUGUUACUAAAUUAUAGUGAAGAAAAUACUUUAAUGCCGAUUUCUGAAAGUCUUAAUGUGCCUAUUGAUUGGUCACCGGAGAAAGGAUAUCCCUCAAGAUUACCCCCACAUUUUUAUCCUCGUAUAUCGGGUGGUGCAGGAAGCCGAAUGGGAUUGACGGUUAUACUAAAUGUCUCAUCUGCUGAGUAUUUUUGCAGCAAAACUAAAUGUUUGGGUUUUAAGGUGCUGGUGCAUAAUCCUGCCGACUUACCCAAAAUCACCAAUUAUGGAUUCUUUAUGCCAGCAGGUCGUGAGGCACGCGUGCCCAUUGAACCCAUAUACCAAAAUGCCUUGCCCAGCAUUAGAAAUAUUAAGAGAUCUGUUCGCCGUUGUCUAUUCUCGGAUGAGGGUGAUUUGAUUUAUUAUCGCACAUAUUCUCGCAAAAAUUGUGAAUUGGAAUGUGAGGCUAUGAUUUUGAUGAAAAAAUGUUCUUGCAUUUUAUACUAUUUGCCACGCAUUGAUCCAAAUGUACCAAUAUGUGGACUAAAGGAUAACAAUUGUACCACCCAGGUACAAUCGGAAAUUGAAUCGUCCAAUACAAGUGCCUCCUGUGAUGCUUGUCUACCCGGUUGCUUUGAGUUGAACUAUCAAACCACAUUCACUGCUUCACAAAUGGUAAUGGGAGAUUUUCGAAGUUCUGAUGAAUUUCCAAAGGAAAUUUUCGAAAAAGCUAGAAACAUUAGCGAUUUGUCGAUAGUGCAUUUCUACUUCGUGUCGAAUACAUUUCGAGGUACAACGAAAUCGGAAAUGUUUGGUUUUACUGAGUUUUUGUCUAACACCGGCGGUCUUUUGGGUCUAUUCAUGGGAUUCAGCAUUUUUUCUCUAAUCGAAAUUAUUUAUUAUGUAACGGUGCGACCAUAUUGUGCUGCUAGGACCAUUGAAUUGGAAAAGAAACGAAAAUAUGGUGAUACUGAGUGGUUUAAAAAAUGUGGUUCAUCAGAGUACUUAUCACCUUCUGGCAUAAAUAAAAAGUCAUGGCUAAAGUGUGCCAGAAAAACCCACCGAAAGUAUAAACGCAAUUUGAAGGGCAUGCUUAUGAAGUCUCAAUGUUUUCGGAAGAAUGAUGUUCCACCAUUUCCCUAUGUUGAGUAG